AUCGUCAAGGAAAGCACCGAAAUUGAGAAACCCAAUAAGAAAUUAGUCCAAAAUAAUUAUAUAUAUCGACUUAGGGUCCCUAUCAUUCCAACUAAAAAUAUUAAUAGCUCAUUAACUAUCAAAACAGCAAAUAUAGGGGAGUGUCUAAUAAAGAGAAGGUCUCGCGAUAGUAUCAAAGAAGAUAUCGAGGCUAUUAGGUCUAUCGUGACUUCACUAAGUGACCGACUAACUCAUUUAGGCGACCCUAAGCAAGGCCUAGGUAUACCGUGUCUUUCUAAGUUAGCGUAG